ACGAAUGUGAGCCGUGUUUGAUCCGGAAUAAAACUCCAGAUUCUGGUUUGAACAAAGACUCGAGCCUCUGGCUUUUAAAUCGAAACCACUUUGUGCCCUUGAAGAGAGAAAAGCUGGUUCAAUCAGAAACCAGAAAUCGCUGCUUUUAGAGCUGCUUCUUUGCCGAAUGCUGCAGAUGAAGGAGAAGAAGAACAGUUCCUCUGCUCUUUCUCUCUUUGGAGGCUGAAACUGCAGCAGAUGGACUCUCUCCAAAGCUGAAAGUUUGCGUGACCCGGCAGAGAGAAAGAACAGCUGGAUGGCAGCCUGAGGUUUCAGUGGAUUUGAUGUGGCAGACAUGAAGAACCAGUACCAGUAUGGACGAAGUCAUCUGGAGAGACUGGUUUGCGUGGCUCUGUCCACUCUGGUGUUGGUUCUGCUGGGACUUCUGGGAUCCGUCACAGGCUGUCCUGGUGUCUGCACCUGCUAUGGCAAUACCACUGACUGCACUGCUGUUGGACUCCUCUCUCUGACGCCUAUCCUCGGGCUGGUUGCCCAGGACUCUCUGGCACUCCACCUACCCCAGAACAAUCUCACCUUCCUGGGCAAAGCUGAGCUGUCCAACCUCAGCAGCCUGGAGGUACUGGAUCUUUCCCAGAACCACUUUUCAACCUUGCAGCCUGGAGCUUUCCUAGGCCUGAACAGCCUGCGCCGCUUAAACCUGUCCACCAACUACCUCAGUAAACUCAACAGCAGCACAGUGACAGUCGAGGCCUUCAGUGGAAGUCAGGGGAGUAUUGGAUUGAGCAAGGAGGUUUUCAAGGGGCUAUGGCAGCUGCAGGAACUUGAUCUGUCCUCCAACGGCCUUCUGUGGCUGCCCAAGGGCCUGCUGGAUGGGCUUCAGAGACUCACCUGGUUGUCUCUGGCCAGCAACUGGCUUGUGACCCUGGACAGAGUCACAUUUGAACCCCUGGUGGGGCUACAGCACCUCCUGCUGGUGGGAAACCCUUGGAAAUGCGAUUGCAAGCUGAGAGACUUCAAGCACUGGAUGGAGUGGUUGAUUUACAGGGACGGGCAGGUAGAUGUGAUGCAGUGCAGCCUCCCAGAGGAUUUGAAGGGCAGGGACAUCCGCAGCGUGCCAGCAGAGAUGUUCAGCUACUGCCUCCAGACUUCAACCAAGGAAGGUGCCACCCGGCCUCCUUGCCCGCCCGGCCGGGUCGGAGGUGCCGAUGAUUGCAUCCGUCAGCGCUACAGACCCGUGAGCGUCCGCCGGGCACAGGGCACACAGGUAGUUGCGGCCGUUGUGUGCGGCACAGUGUGCGUCAUGAUGGUGGUGGCAGCAACUUAUGGGUGCGUCUACGCCUCGCUGGUAGCCCGCUACCAGAAAGAGAUGAAGAGCCGCGGGCAGCCCCUGAUGGCUGAGUCUGGAGCUGACACAGACCUGGAGGACGGGCAGACGUCAUCCCCGACCUCACUGGAGGAGACGCCGCCCAAAGAGGCCUGCAGCUUCGUGCACAGUUAUAGAAUCAGCAGUUUCUAA